UCUAAGGAAUUCUCCGGCGGCGCUCGGCGCAUGCUCCUUUCAGGGCUGCGGCGGAGGAAAGGGGCGCGGCCAGCCGAGGCGAGGGGCGUGGCCUCCCCCGCGCUCCCACCAAUCGGGCGCCGAGCCGGCCUGAGGGGACGAGUAGGCCGCGCGCGGGCCUGGCCUCCCUCUCGCUUCGGCGCGUCCCACCCGCGGCCGGGGAGAGGAGCUGCGAGGGCCGACGACGACGACUCAGCCAUGGCCGCCUCGCGGUGGGCGCCUCAGGUCUUUCGUUUACUAGGGGGUUUCAAAUUCCAAAAACAGGUGACCAGAAGUUUUGGUAGUACUAUACAGACAGUAACUUUGAUUCCAGGAGAUGGCAUCGGACCCGAGAUUUCUGCUGCUGUCAUGAAGAUUUUCGAAGCUGCAGCCGCUCCCGUUCAGUUUGAAGAGAGAAACGUGACGGCAAUUCAAGGGCCUGGAGGGAAGUGGAUGAUACCUCAAGAUGCCAAAGACUCCAUGGACAAGAAUAAAAUAGGACUGAAAGGCCCUUUGAAAACUCCCAUCGCUGCCGGCCACCCGUCAAUGAAUCUGCUGCUCCGCAAAACGUUUGACCUUUACGCAAACGUCCGUCCCUGUGUGUCAAUUGAAGGCUACAAGACCCCUUACACAGAUGUCGACAUAGUCACAAUACGAGAGAACACAGAAGGCGAAUACAGCGGCAUCGAGCAUUUGAUUGUUGAUGGCGUUGUACAGAGUAUCAAACUGAUCACAGAAGAAGCAAGCAGGCGUAUUGCUAACUUUGCUUUUGAAUAUGCCAGAAAUAAUCAGAGAAGCAAAGUCACAGCCGUUCACAAAGCAAACAUUAUGCGAAUGUCUGACGGGCUGUUCCUGAAAAAAUGCAGGGAAGCAGCGGAAAACUGUAAAGAUAUUAAGUUUAAUGAAAUGUACCUUGACACUGUGUGUCUGAAUAUGGUGCAGGAUCCAAGUCAGUUUGAUGUCCUUGUUAUGCCAAACUUAUAUGGUGAUAUCCUUAGUGAUUUGUGUGCAGGAUUGAUUGGGGGUCUUGGAGUGACGCCAAGUGGGAACAUCGGUGCUAAUGGAGUUGCCAUCUUUGAGUCGGUUCAUGGAACUGCUCCAGACAUUGCAGGAAAAGACUUGGCAAACCCAACAGCCCUACUCUUGAGUGCGGUGAUGAUGUUGCGCCAUAUGGGCCUGCAGGAAUAUGCCAGGAGAAUAGAGGCAGCAUGUUUUGAUACAAUUAAGGAUGGAAAGGUCUUGACCAAAGAUUUGGGAGGUAACGCUAAGUGUUCGGAAAUCACAGCAGAGAUAUGUCGAAGAGUGAAGGAUAUGGAAUAAUUUUUUAAAAACACUCAAAUACUGCAUCGGUUUCACGCGCUCCUGACGGAUUUUGUUACUCAAAUGCAUUAGCUGUCUGCAAUUCUUAUACAUUUGGUUUGUUUUUCUCUCGGAGAAAGCAAACUUUUUUUUUAAAAGAUGGGGCCUCUGUUUAAAUUAAUUCAGCCCAAAUGGAUGUGAUUAUUCUUGUGCCUGCUUUUGCUGGACUGCUUUCUAAGUGCUUUUCGUCCAUUUAUUUAUGUGUCGAACGUCCCCUUUUUUUGUAGAAAUGAAUUCCUUUAGGUUAGUGGAUGAAAUGGUCAGCCAUCUUCCAUUUUUUUUAAAACUUUUCAGAAAGCCCUGAGUCUCUGGAGACAUACGAGAGUAAGCGACUUUAAAGUGAAUUUGGUUUGUUUAUUCCGUCUGUGGUCUAUAUGGAACACAGUUGGCCCUUCGGCCUUAAAAAUAGCACAAGUAUAUAUAUUGCCUAAAGCAAAAAGACUUGAAUUAAGCUCUAGAAAAGUCAGCGUAAAGAAUCCAUGUGUUAUAAGCACCUGAAGCUUGUCCUUCAAAAGCAUGAAUAAAGCCUUCCAGCUGUGUAAACUCUGAAUUUUCAAAGACUGUAUACAAAAUUCAGGGUAUUUUAAACAGUGUGGUUUAAAAGUUAAACUGUCCUUGACUCUGUAUCCAAGUAGAUCCCCCCCCCCCCCCCCCCAAAAGGAGUAUUUCUUGAUCUGGCAGUCUCUAGUGAUGACGAAUUAUCCAAAUCGAUUUUGUCCUCUGCAGCUCAGGAAGGGGAAUGCUUUUCUGUCUUGAUUGAUACCGAAUGCAUAAUUUGCUAUUCCUGAAUCUCAAGGCCUUUAUAUUAAGCUCACUUUCUAUAUUAUUAUUCAGUUUACAUUUAUGCUGCUCUGUAAUUCAUGAUUUUUGGAAGCAACUGAAAUGGAAGACGAAUGAGAUAUAACAUAGCCAAUCCAAAGAGAGAUGAGGCCAAGGGCCCCUUGGCUGCUGUAGCUGAGAACAAUCCUGCGUUGCCACUUCUCCCUUGAAUAAUGUCUAGCAGUACCUGUGCUGCCUUUCCCAGCCCUGCAAACGGCAGCUAGUUGAGUAGAACAGGGCUAGGGAAACUCACAUUCUCGUGACGUUAUUUGUAUUUUAAACUGCUGGGCCCUGUCUGAGGCAGAAACUGUUUUCACAGACUGCCGGGCAAUCUCUCACCAUACCGAGUCCCAGCCUGAGGAAGAGAGGAUACAGGAAAUUUUUUUGGCUGUGCCUGAAAGGUGUCAAAGUCCUAAACUUCUUCCCAUCACGUCUUAUGUUGGGGACAUAGGUGACGCCAACACUUUGAAUGCCUUGGCAUUACUCCAGGGCCAGAUUCACCAGAGUGUGUGUGUGUGUGCGUGGUACACUCCCAGCCUCUAUUCAGGACCUGGAUCGCUGAGCUUCAACCAUCUGCCUAGGUGCCCCCUUCUCAGACUUUGAAUCCAAGCCGUGCAGAAAUGCUCUACCUUGCCACACGGAUUCCCACUCAGCAUCAAAAUUGGCGAUGGGACAGCGAAGGUUGCGGGGGGUGGGGGGGGAGUUGUCAUUUUUUUUCCUGCUUCUGCACUGAGAAGAACUCAGUAACUUCUGUUCUAAUAUGUCGAUGUGGGCUGGCUGAAAGAACGAGCUUUUGCUUCCGCCGUGUUUGUUUGCUGCUACUGCUGCUGUUUCCAUCUCUUUGGAUUGUACUCAGUGACUCGGGGGAGUUACCAUUGCGCACAAAGUGGAGAAAACAAUAAUAAAGACCUCCCAAAGACA